AUGGCUUCAAACUCAUCAGAGAUCCAUGACAUCUCGACAGCUGAAAUCUGUACCCCAAAAAAGCUCAAUCUUAUAAUUCUUCCAUCACCACUAGCACAUCUCCUCCCACCAUUUCUCCUUAAAAAGGUAAUGGCGGAGGUGAUAGCUACAUUCAUGCUGGUGUUUGUGACCUGCGGUGCUGGUGCGCUGAGCCGCAGCGACCAGCACAGAGUGUCGCAGCUCGGCGCAUCAGUGGCUGGCGGGUUGAUCGUGACGGUCGUGACGGUGAUGAUAUAUGCGGUAGGGCACAUCUCCGGUGCGCACAUGAAUCCGGCCGUGACUCUGGCAUUUGCGGUCACCAGGCAUUUCCCCUGGGUACAGGUCGGGGAGUUGGCAGGGAUAGCAGUUGGCUCUGCUGUUUGCAUAACCUCCAUCCUUGCGGGGCCAAUCUCUGGGGGAUCGAUGAACCCUGCGAGGACACUGGGCCCUGCAGUAGCAAGCAACGAGUACAGGGGGUUAUGGGUGUACAUUGUGGGCCCCGUAAUGGGUGCGUUGAUGGGCGCGUGGUCCUAUAAUUUCGUACGCGUAAUUGAUAUGAAGUCAGCUGAUCAUCAGACUGGCCACAGGUUAUCGUCUUUUAAACUCCGUCGUUCGCAGGGCAUCAGCCAGGACGCAGCUAAUGAUCUUCAUCCUAAUACUGACGAUUAUCCCAUGGAAAAUCCUUAA